GGAAAGACGGUGGGAAAUGAACUGUGGCUCGGACGUCUAUUUCACAUCACGUGUCGGUGGUGUCGGGAUAGAUUAAUCUUCCAGUCAACCCCUUAUGCGCAGUGUUGUGAUUUGGGAGUCCCUCUCCGGACAGAUGAUUCACUUCUCCACCAAAGUCAAGCAGUUUACAGGCUCGGGCUUGCGGGCUUUUACUGCUUGCACAAUGGAUUUUGAUCCCCUUGCACAGCAACAAUCAGAUCGGAUUUUCCAGCUGGCUGCCCGGUAUUGUCCUGGCACACCAGCAACCGCGUCCCGAUUUUCGAAUGGCGCCUUCACAUAUGUUAUCGAGUCACAUUCAAGGAUGGACUACGCGUCUUGGUUCGAUUUGCUGUCCCUUGGCCGGGUCAUCGCUCGCCGUGAAAAGGUCGAGGAUGAGGUCGCUAUCAUGGAAUACGUCGCCAAGCAUACAGAAAUCCCUGUCCCGAAGGUCCUAGGGUCUGGUAAUUGUGUAGUUGGCCCCUAUAUUGUGAUGGAUUUCAUUGAUGGGAAUCCACUGAGCGAGUACCUCCGAGAUCCGUCUCAGGGGAUAGCAACAUUGAGCCCGAGCAUUUCUCUGUCUGUACUGAAGAGAGCUUAUUUCGGCAUGGCGGAAACCCUGCUCGAGCUUUCGAAACCUGAGUUUCCGUUCAUUGGAGCCAUCAGACGGGAGGAGCUCGGGAACUGGGUUGUGCAAAAACGGCCGCUCACAUUCAAUAUGAAUCGGCUCGCCCAGUUUUCUAACAUUCCGUUCCAUGUUUUUGAGCGACGACGUUUUAACAAUGCGGCAGACUACUUUGAAGAGCUCGCCUGUCAACAUCUCCACCAUUUUGAAUUUCAACGCAAUGAUGCGGCUACAGACGAGGCCGACUGCCGCAAGAAAUAUAUCGCACGCUGUCUCUUCCGUAAGUUGUCGCGGGAGAUAUCUCAAGAACACUGCAAGGGCCCUUUCCGUCUCUACUGCGAUGACCUUUGCCCCGAUAACGUUCUGAUUGGUCCAAACCUUGUCGUCGCUGGAGUUGUUGAUUGGGAGUUUACCUAUGCUGCCCUUGUUGAGUUCACGUAUGCCGCUGCCUGGUGGCUCUUGUUAGAGCGCCCCGAGGAUUGGGAGCCAGAUCUGGACCAGUUCUUUUCGCGCUUUAUGCCAAGCUCUAUGUUUGAUGAAAUUUAUUGGAACUACAUUGAUCAAAUCUUUUUUGGAUCAUCCACGACACUCGAAGAUCGACUUCAUCUGCUAAGCGCAGAAGAGCAGGAGCGUAUAGGUAUUGUCGUACGGGAGAAAAUGAAGCAGGCAAGUGAGGGCAAGUUGGAUACUCAUUAUACCAUUGACGAACUAGUUGGACUAUAA